AUGCUCAACGCUGUACGCUCUAGUAUUCGUUAUAGCUCUAUUUGCAACAGAAGAAACUCUGCGCAACUCUUCCACACUUAUAAUCCACUAAAAAUGUUUCAAGUCGGCGACGUGAUCAAAACUGGCCUAGCAGGCGUCCAGGAAAACUCCCCAGGUAACGCUGUGGACAUCGGCAAGAUCGUGAGCCAGGGCAAGCACAUCAUCGUGGGUGUCCCAGCUGCUUUCUCGCCAGCUUGCACUGCCAGCCAUAUCCCAGGCUAUGUUGCCAAGUUGAGCGAACUAAAGGCCAAGGGCGUCCAAGACGUGUACGUGACCGCUGUGAACGACUCUUUCGUCACCAAGGCGUGGGCCGAUUCCCUAAAGGUGCCUGAAGACGUGCACAUCAUUGCUGACACUCGCGGUGAGUUUGCCAAGUCCGGAAACACUCUUUUCGACUCCGAAGAGGUGUUUGGUAACAAACGUAACUACCGUUACGCCAUCGUCGUGCAAGACGGCAAGGUCGUGGCUGCUUUCGAAGAGCCAGACAAGACCGGUGUCAACGUGUCCUCUGCCGAAAACGUUCUCAAGUCGUUGUAA